GAUUUAUUAGCGAAGAUCGGUGGAGAGAGGCAGACGCCAACAUACUGCAUUAAUAUACAUAAACCCCCGAUAGAGGGAAAAAACGAGGCCGGAAAUCAGAAAGGGGUAGAAGCUUGCUGUAUACUGAACAAUAACACACACGGCUCUCCGGGCCGGACUGACUGCAGCACCCAGAGUGCUCUGCUCCUUGAAGUCCGCCAUUGCUCGGAGCGCGCAGAGGAGUGUCAAGUACAAGCCUCAGAAUGACCGUUCAGCGCUUAUUCCGACUCUCCUCGCUCCUGCGGUCCGCCCUUUCCCAACAGGCGCGGCGCAACGUCGGGCUGUCGGCCGUGGCGAUGAACCGGGCCAAAGAUCUGGACCCCGUGCAGAAGCUCUUCCUGGACAAGAUCCGCGAGUACAACACCAAGAGCAAGGCAGCAGGGGGCGUGGUGGGUGCCGGUCCGGAAUAUCAAAAGAACAUGGCAGAUGAGCUGGCCAAACUGCAGCGGCUGUACGGAGGUGGGGACCUCACCAAAUUCCCCGACUUCAAGUUCCCCGAGCCCAAGUUUGAAGAAGUGUCACCCAAGUGAAAACCCCCUCUCUUCAUUCUCUCUGUUCCUGUGUCCACACGCUGUGUAGAUAUUUAAUAAAUGAUGUUGGAUAAAAUGG